GACAAAAUUAAGGGUUUUCAUUGUUGAAUAUCAGUGUUUGUGUGGUGCUAGGUUAAUAAGUAAUUGUUAGUAAAAUAAUAACAGUACAGGCGAUAUAAAGUCCGCGAUGUGUCGGUUUUGAGCUUUUUUGCAAAACUUUCUUACAUAUCGGGAGUUUCUUUGUGACAGUGUAAAUGCUUUCUCCGAUUUCAAUAUUUUAUUGAACGAAGGACAUUUGCUAUUUAAUUAAGAAAAAUAUAGCUCAAAUCGUAUGAGACAAUGAUUCAUUUAAUGCCAAGCUAUGGGUCACAGGGUCGGACGGAAAAUCCGGCGGCGUACUACUCUUCAAUGUUCGACACUGACUCCGGAUUACGUCACCGAGAAAACCCGAACCGUCCUAGCAAAGACGUGACGUCAUUACGUCGCGCGGAAACGCCUCCACCCGUUCCGCUUCAUCAGCAUUCCUCAUUUUUAAUCGACGACAUUCUCGGAAAGAAGGAACGGGAACGCGAGGAACAGCGCCAACGCGACCGGGAACACCGGCGCGAGCGAGAGAGACGGAGGAGCGGGGAGGACGACGCUGACAGGAGACUGCACGAUGGUGACCGCGACGAUCACAGGCAUGUAGAAAGGACUCAGAAUGGUCGCCAUGAAAGGGACGAAAGAGACUUAGAAGAAGUGAAAAAUAGGGAAAAUCGAUUCAGGGACAGCGAACGAGAUAGAUAUUUAGAGUCACUCAGAGAAAAAGAAUAUCAUUAUGAACGGCAUUCACAUCGUUUAGACAUUUCACCGUCGGCAAAGUCAAUCCCCUCUCCGCCGUCGUCGUCGAUGGCGUCUCUACUAUCUCCGGAACUUCCCCGUCCUACGCCCAUCAACCCAGCUGCAAUACAAACAAGUGCUUUAACCACCCCCGCGAUAUUUAAGCCAAUGCCGACGAUGUACGAUCCGUCGGUGCUCUCGCCGGCAGUGUAUUUGAACCCACACCUGUCGGCCUGCCAGACCUCCCUCAUGCGUCAGAUGUGCGGUGGACUUGGCUCCGUGAACGCCAUGCCGGGAUUCCGGGGUCACGAGUACUCCGGUCUCUUCGAUAACCAAUACGCAUUCUCCAAAGUAUACCACAACCGCCCCUUUUUCUGGCAUCCGUUCCUGCAGAGACCCAUGCAGAAAAGGAAAGGCGGACAGGUCCGGUUCUCCAACGACCAGACCAUCGACCUGGAAAAGAAGUUUGAGUCCCAGAAGUACCUCUCGCCGCCAGAGCGGAAGCGCCUGGCAAAGUCCCUGCAGCUCACCGAGCGACAGGUCAAGACGUGGUUCCAGAACCGCCGAGCAAAGUGGCGUCGACUUAAACAAGAGUCUCCAACGCCGGACAAAGCGGAGGGAGAACAAGGAGAGCACUCUAAGGAGAUCAACGAAGAUGACCUUAGUAACGAGUCAUCAGACGAGGAUUCUAACGAUUGUGAUGACGUCGUUGAUGACGUCAUAGAUGUGGGACAGGACUGAACGAAAAUCUUAAAUAGAUCUGUGGCUGGAUGAAACCGCGUGCGAACGAGUACUGUGAUUCUGCGUUGACGUAGGUUCUUUGAUAAGUGAAACUAAUACUGUUUCAAUUAAACGGUGUUACGUGGAUUAAGAAAACUGAAAUUAUGGAACAACUGAGAUGUCCAGCUUGACAAGAAACAAUCUAGUUUUCUGAAGCCGCUAAUAAUGUAGUACGUAUACUUUGAAACAAAAAGUGUAAAGGGCAACUUUUUCAUUGAAAUGUUUGUAGUUUAAUGGAAUACAACGAAUCGAGUCAUUAGUGACAUAAUUUCAUUUUUGUGAUAGAGACUAGGGUUUGGUUGUAUUAAUUAAGUGCAUUAUUACAAUAUUCCCGUAUGUACAGAUUAUUUUGUUUUGUAUUAUUUAUGAAUAAAAAGGAAGAAAAAAACA